ACCUUUCCCUUCAACGACGACCUGGCCUGAUCUCUCCCUGUUCUACUUCCCCAUUCGAGAAAGCUUGUAACGAACAUUUAUUUUCUACAGUGCAUUUUUAGAAGACUAUCCACUUCGAUGUGUGGACAUCUAGACCCAGUCUCCCCGACAUCACUAGCACCUCUAUCCGUCCUAGAGCAUGUCACCGAUGUUCACUGUCAUCCAACAGACUCUCGUAUCUCUGAAGAAGACGCAAACUCUCUUCCGAUCCGUAUAUGUGCUAUGGGGACAAGAGCCAGCGAUCAGAGUCUCCUUUCACAUAUAGACCGUCUACUAUGCGAUGAACGUUUCACUCAAUACUAUCGUAUAUCAGGCUACCAUCCAUGGUUUGCUCACUGGAUAGCCAUUGAACCCGCUACAUCCAAAGAAGAACACUACAGAUCUCUCUUUCUAGGCGGUUCACCAAAACCAGAGAGUAUUGAUGCGCUCGACAAGCUACUGACUUGUCUUCCGGAACCAAUAUCCCUUCAGUCAGUUCUCUCCGAGGUCCGCCAAAAUCUUAUCGACUUCCCGAAUGCCAUGUUAGGGGAAGUAGGAAUCGAUCGUGCAGCUCGUAUCCCUUUCAUGCCCCCCUCUCCACCUCCGUACGUUGAAGACGAUGGCAAACGAGAGCUUUCACCGUUCACGAUUCCCCAAUCACAUCAAAUGGCUAUCUUUGAGGCUCAACUUGAAUUAGCCGUCGACCUGAAGCGGAAUGUAAGCGUGCAUAGUGUGAAGAGCCAACAAGCUACAGGAGAACUGUUGGCUAGGAUGAAGACAAAACAUGGGAGCGCCUGGAAUGCUAUUAGCAUCGAUUUGCACAGUUGCGGAUUCAGCGCACAAUCAUGGCUGGAGAUCGAGAAGAAGCAUGCUAAUGUCUAUCUAUCCCUCUCCACGGUGAUCAAUUCUCGUUCGCCCGCUCAUCGAGAUCUCAUAGCCGCAUGCGCGCCUCAUCGCAUCCUCGCUGAAAGCGAUUACCAUGCCAUUCGCUACCUGCCUCAGCAAACUUGGGAUAUGGUACGCACCAUUGCCGAAGUCAAGAAAUGGAGGAUAGAAGACGAAUGGACAUACACCGAUCAGGACACUAAUGUGGAACAAUGGGGUGUGGUGAAGCGGCUAGAAGAGAAUUGGAAGCGGUUCCAGAUUGCGGAUCACAUUCCAGUGAAGAGGAAACGAGACCGACGGCAACUGGAGUUGGAUACUGACGAGAGCGACUCAGAGUUCUGAAGAAGUACAUAUGAAAGGUGGUAUACUAUAAAGCCCUAAGAGUCCGUGCGUAUAAGAAUAUGUGAAGUGCCCCACAGAUACACAACAAAGCUAGAAUAUGUAUGUGAGAAGUAGAAUGAGACACAGUCCGAUAAUAACACCAAUGAUGAUCGAGUCCCUUCGCCGUCGGGAUUUGAUCAUGGA